AUGGGAAAGCAAUGGAGGUGGACGAUCUGAUCAGCAGCUCUAAGCUGGUCAAGCACUGGCCAAGUUUACUUCUUGGCUUGGGCCUGAUUUGGAUCCUUAAAAACUGGUUUUUCAAUGGGAACAGAAGAUACAGAGAUGCAGGGAAGAGUUACAGUGUGGAAAACCAGGAGGAAGCUGAGGAAGACGAUUUGGAAGAUCUCGAGGAUGAACUGCAGCCUGCUCUAGAGGAGAAACCCCAUGUGCCCUUUGUGCCUGGCCAGAAUCUCAAUCCCAAUGGUGCUAAGCAGUUCUACGAAUUGAUGCGAGGACGUCGGAGUAUUCGCUCCUUCAAGAGCCACCCCAAACCAGAUUUAAGCGUUAUUGAGGACUGCAUCCGGGCAGCGGGAACGUCUCCCAGUGGAGCCCAUACUGAACCAUGGACCUUCUGCGUUGUAGAGAGCUCGGAAGUGAAGCAAUCCAUUCGGGAGAUUGUGGAGCAGGAGGAGCUCAUCAACUACAGUCAGCGAAUGCAUCCCCAGUGGGUCACGGAUCUCCGGCCCCUGCAAACCAGCUAUAUAAAGGAAUAUCUCACAGAUGCCCCGUACCUUAUACUGAUCUUCAAGCAAACUUACGGAUUAUCUAAAGACGGGAAACGGAAAAGGCACUACUACAACGAAAUAUCAACUUCCAUUUCGGCCGGACUCCUUUUGUGUGCCCUUCAAGCUGCAGGACUUAGUUCUUUAGUCACAACUCCUUUAAACUGCGGCCCUGCUUUAAGAUCCCUGCUCAAGCGACCCACAAAUGAAAAACUACUAAUCCUACUGCCAGUGGGAUAUCCAAAGGAUGGUUGUACAGUCCCGGACUUAGAGCGUAAAAAUUUAUUAGAUAUUAUGGUUUUAUUUUAACCUUAUUAUAUUAAAAUAGAGAUAAAUAAAAAUAACAUCAAAAA